UCAAUAGAUAUAUUAGUUAUACACCUGUUGUUGUGCAUGAAACCUGCUUAUGUAAUUAAAAACAGUCUGCUGUACUAUUUUUUUUAAACCUUUUUAACUUUAAAAUUUCCAAAUUUUCCAUCAAGUUCUAUUAUCUACGUUUGCAUUUUUUAUGUAUAAUAUUGUUAUAUUAUAUAUCUAUUAAAAUGAAUAUCCUUCAAAAACAAAUCAUAAAAAUAAUAAUUUAAAAAAAAAUUAUAGGUACAUACAAAUGAAAUGUAUGUAUCGUUGAAUUGAAUGUGUAUGUGUAAGUGAUAAGACAAAUAGAGUGAAGAAGUACCUACUUCCAGCUUAAGAAUAAAGAAAUAUAAAAGCACAACCUUGAAGUAAUUGUCUUGGUUGUCCAAUAAAAAAGUAUAUUCUAUUGUUUAUAUACUAUCAAUCCUAUAAAUCAUAAUAUUGUGACGUAACAACUGGUGUCGGAAAGUUGUAUUGAGAAAACCAAAGAACUAAAAUUUGUUUAUUAAAAAGUUAAUAAGAAAGACUGUUACUCCAACUGAAACAUCGAAAAGCUGAUCUUUCAAAAUGAAUUACUGGACGUAACAAUGAAUAAAUUAGAGAUCAGUGUCAUAACGGAAAUGGAUAGAAUUUAAUACAAAACAUCCAUUUUGUUCCAUUCUGCAAAAUUUUGGAUUUCUAUAUCUUGAAUUGGUGACAAAGUAGAAAGAAAUCUUACAAAAUGUAUGGGCUACUCUUAGAAAAUUUAUCGGAAUACAUCAAGUCCGUUUAUGGAGAAGAAAAAUGGGAAGAUAUUCGUCGCCAAGCUGGUAUUGAUUCUCCAUCAUUUAGUGUGCAUCAAGUUUAUCCAGAAAAUUUACUCAACAAGCUGGCAAAAAAAGCACAACAGGUACUUGGCGUAUCAGAACGUGAAUUUAUGGACCAAAUGGGAGUCUAUUUUGUUGGUUUUGUUGGACAAUAUGGAUAUGAUCGGGUGCUAUCCGUUCUUGGGCGGCAUAUGAGAGAUUUUCUCAAUGGCUUGGAUAAUUUGCAUGAGUAUCUUAAAUUCUCAUAUCCAAGAAUGAGAGCUCCAUCUUUUAUCUGUGAGAACGAAACAAAACAAGGACUAACAUUGCAUUAUCGAUCGAAAAGACGGGGGUUUGUGUACUAUACAAUGGGGCAAAUCAGAGAGGUGGCUCGCCAUUUUUAUCAUAAGGAAAUGCACAUUGAAUUAGUACGGGAAGAGAUUCUUUUCGAUACUGUUCAUGUUACGUUUCAGCUAACCUUUGAUAAUAGAGCAUUUACGUUGGCAUCUUUAGCGAUGACAAGGGAGGAAAAACAUCUUCCAAUAAGUGCUCAUGUAUUAUUUGAAAUAUUUCCUUUUUGUAUUGUCUUCGGGUCGGACAUGGUGAUAAGAAGCAUAGGUAAUUCGUUAAUGGUUAUUUUGCCGGAACUGAUAGGAAACAAAAUCACAAAUUGGUUUGAUUUGGUUCGACCAUUAAUUGCCUUUAAAUUUCAAACUAUUUUGAAUAGGACAAAUAAUAUAUUCGAGUUAGUAACCGUGGAGCCGGUGCCUGAACGAGUUGAUGCUCAAAAAAAGAAGGAACUACUAUUCAACGACGAUGGUAGUGACUUAGAAAAAACUCUCCGACUGAAGGGUCAAAUGGUUUACAUGGACAACUGGAGGAUGAUUAUGUUCUUGGGAACACCAGUAAUGCCAGAUUUAACCUCAUUAAUAACAACCGGACUGUACAUAAAUGACUUAUCAAUGCAUGAUUUCAGUAGAGAUCUUAUGUUAGCUGGAACCCAACAAUCGGUAGAACUGAAAUUAGCACUAGAUCAAGAACAACAAAAAUCUAAGAAACUUGAAGAGUCAAUGAGAAAAUUAGAUGAAGAAAUGCGAAGAACUGAUGAACUACUAUAUCAAAUGAUACCGAAACAAGUAGCUGAUCGUCUCAGAAGAGGAGAAAACCCUAUAGAUACUUGUGAAAUGUUUGAUAGUGUUUCAAUACUUUUUUCUGAUGUUGUAACGUUUACCGAAAUUUGUAGCAGAAUAACUCCCAUGGAAGUUGUAUCAAUGCUUAAUGCUAUGUAUUCCAUAUUUGAUACACUCACCGAAAGAAACAACGUAUAUAAAGUGGAAACUAUUGGUGACGCGUAUAUGGUAGUAUCAGGAGCACCAGAAAAAGAUGCUAAUCAUGCUGAAAAAGUUUGUGACAUGGCAUUAGAUAUGGUUGAUGCCAUAACAGAUUUGAAAGACCCAUCAACGGGACAACACUUAAGGAUACGUGUAGGAGUCCAUUCUGGAGCCGUAGUAGCUGGUAUUGUCGGGUUGAAAAUGCCAAGAUAUUGCCUUUUUGGUGAUUCAGUGAACACUGCUUCCAGAAUGGAGUCCACUAGCUCCGCCAUGAAGAUACACAUAUCUGAAUCUACCAAAGAUUUACUAGGCCCCAGCUACAGAGUAAGUGAUCGUGGUGAAAUUGAUGUAAAGGGCAAAGGUACAAUGAAAACUUAUUGGCUGGAUGAAAGAGAAAAUCGUAAAACUCUGCAAUUGGGACCAGCAGUUCUUAAUCCAAUGACCAGUUUUGCAACCAAGCAGCCGAAUGGUGCGAUGGGCUCAUUGGAUCGACGUGUAAGCCUUGGUCAAACAAGCUGUGCUGGCCUUGUAUCAAGCCCAAUAAAUAUUAAUUCCGCUUUAGAAGACCGUCGUAUAUAUUCACCUGUAACAUUUAAAGAUGUUGUUGAACGAAGCAUUGCUAAUUCCCCAGUAAGAAGUUUAUUUAGUGCAGAAAAAGGUAGAGAAUCACGAUCAAACUCAACAGGGCAUGUUUUUAUGCGUUCACCUAGCGAUGUUUUUGGCUCUCUUAUAAGUGAUACAGAAGAAUUCUUAGAAGAUAUUUGCAAGUCUUCUACUCAUCGUAAUUCUUUAGUAAACAAUGUUUACAAUUCUUCGUCACCUAGUUCGUCAGCAUGUUUUAGUCCGAUUCCACCGUUUAGAAUUGGAACAGCCCCAUCUAAACCAAGAUCAAAUAAUCCGGAUCAACUUACUGAGGAAGAACUGGCCUCGAUGGAACAACCAACCCCGCCCACAACAGCUCCGCCAACACAGACGAAUUCUACAGUUAUUUCAGCCCACAAUUCAAAUAAAACAAGAACUAAAAAUAUGUCAUAUAAAAACACAAGCAGCAGUAAAAGCAAAGAGGAAAAAAGGGCUAGUUCAAACACAACAAACAGCUCCUCAAAAGCAACUCGAAAAGCGAUGAUGGCCGCGAAGCAGUCCAAGGCAAUUGAAAAACUCGACAAAAUGGUUGAAGAAGUCUUAGAAACAGAUCUUCCCCAAUUGUGUCCAUUCAGUUUACCACCUUUGCCCAAUUCACUGUCCGAAUCUGGAAUGUGCAGUCAUGGUAGACACACACACGGUCAUUCAAUGAAUACAUGUCAUCAUGAAUCAAAAAUGUCUACUAGUCAAAGCUUUAGUCACUCCCGUGAGCAUCAAUGCUGUUCAGCUUUUGGUCAACAUGCAAACGGACGACACAACCGUGUUCAUUCAAAUGCCUGUGAAAUCCUUUAAUUAUCCAGUCCUGGUAUAAUCUUCAAUACGAAGAAUCAAUUGAAAGAAAAAUGUAAAGAGUUUUGUGGAUAAUAUAAUCAUUGCCACAAAGUAUCUAGUCAAUUUUACCUCUUUAAACGACAGACAAUACACAUCUUUUGCGAAUAGAAACAAUGCUAAGCGAAUUUUUUUUAUUUUAAUUUUUUUUAAUUCAUGAUAUGGUUUUUGAUUCAUUAUGUUUAAUUUAUCGUAUUUAGAUAGUCAUAAUUAUUGUAUUGUUAUGUACAAAUUAACUAGCAAAAUAGAUUUAAAUAUAUUAAGUUAAAAAUGAAAAACUAACAUAAUUUCCAUAGGAAAUAUAAACACUUAAUUUUCUUGCAUUUUGUGUUUUCUUUUUAAACAAACGCCAAUGAUUGCUCAAAAAUGUUGAAUGUUUGUGAAGGAAUGGAAGCAUACGGACAGCUAGGCGCAGAUAUGCCUUUCAAGGGGGAAACCGACGAAGUUACGAAUACCAGAGUUACGGGCGACAGAGUUACGAGCGUCAAAGUUACGCGAAACCGAAGUUACGAAAAACUAGAGUUACGAAUUCUAAAGUUAUGUUAAGCUAUGACAUGUGAUUUUUGGGUUGGCAACAAUUGCGAGGAACGAUAUGGAAUUAUGGAAAUACAAACAAGAGAUUAACAUUUUUCUCAUUGGUCAGAACUAAAUGAGUAAAGCGAAAAUGGGUGUUAUUUAAUCUUGUAAAAUUUUGAUUGGAUAGGUAUAGAUAUACAUAAUGGUUUUGUUUUUGUGAGAAGAUCGCAAAAAUGUUGAAAUAGAAA